AUGGUUAUUUUGGGUCAGUUUAUUACCAGCACAAUCGUCAUUGCGACAACUCUGUUUAUGUUAACGUUGGUGGAUCCGUUAAGUAAAGAAGGAAUUAUUAUUGCCAUGUACGCGGUGGCAAUAAUUACAGAAAUAUUUAUUUACUGCUGGUUUGGAAACCAAGUACAUAUCAAGUUCAGUAUGUUAAAAUUAAACUGGAAAAAUACAAUAAGAACAAAUAUUCUAAUAUUACAACUAUUGGGGUUGUGGCCUAAAGAAGACGAAGAGUACAAAUUAAAUUUAUACUCCACUUAUGCAUUCGUGUCAAUAGUUGUAAUUAUGGCAGGUCAUAAUUUCUUCCAAAUUUUAAAUAUUUAUUUCGUCUACAACGACUUAAAAGCCUUGGCGACUACUAUUUUUACUAUGAGUGAAGAAGUGUUGGUGGUGGUAAAAAUAUAUUUCUUUGUACAAAAUAUUGGAACCGUGAAAAAGUUAUUGACGUCUCUAAACCAAGAUUCAUUUCAACCUAAAAACGAAAAGCAGUUGGAGCUCGUAAAUUCUACUGUAAAUUUUUGGAAAAUUAUAUAUGGGUGCUUUUUAUUUAAUGUUGGUUUAACUUCAAUUGUGUGGAGUAGUAUUCCGUUCCUAACAGAAUCAGUACAAAAGAAAAAGUUUCCUUUCCCCGCAUGGUAUCCCUACGAUAGUACAGUAUCACCUUGGUAUGAACUGACAUACUUAUACCAGGCUCUUGGAAUAUGGUACAUAGCUAUGUCGGAUGUAAAUAUUAACACAUUGUUUUUUGCUUUACUGACGUACAUUGUCGUCCAGUGUGAUCUUUUGUGUGACAACUGUAAAAAUGUGACAAAUGGACAUUUCAGUUCUACUCAAAAUAUAAUUUCGUGCAUUAAACAUCACAAGAAAAUUGUGAGAUUUGCUAAAAGCUCUAACGAAGUUUUCGAAAUGGUUAUUUUGGGUCAAUUCGUUACCAGCACAGCCGUGAUUGCAACAACCUUGUUUAUGUUAACUUUGGUGGAUCCUUUAAGUAACGAAGGACUAAUAGUCGUAGUUUACUCGGUCGCAAUAAUUACGGAAAUAUUUAUGUACAGUUGGUUUGGAGAGCAAGUUCAUUUUAAGAACAUCCAAAAAUUCACUCUAACCAAUCUAGAAAAUUUCGGAGAUUAUAGGCUUGACAAAAUCACCAAAACAUGA